AUGGGGACGUGUCGGGAGGGACCAAUGGCCGCUAUGCUCCUGGUGCUGAGUGAAGCCAUCCAGCCCAGCACGGGGGACAUCAUUUAUGACACGUUCGAGGACUCCAAGACAAGGACAGAGCUGUUGAACCGUCUGGACCACCUGCAGCCCGUGGAAGCCGUUGUGUCACCCAGCACCUCGGAGCUCACCACUACCACCAUCACCACAUCAGCCACCAAGAAUGACGACUGCAUCCGAAUUGAGCGCCUGGACGAGAGCAAGUUUGACUACAGCAACUCACUCAAGCUCAUCGUGACCCUGUUUGAAGACGAGGAGGAGAAGGUGAAGCACAUCUCCUGUCUUCCGUCCAGUGUGGUUGGCUGUCUCGGUGCCACGCUGCAGUACCUAGCCGAGUUCAAGCUCGAUGGCAUUGUGAAGAUGGCCGGGUCCAUCGAGAAAUACAGCUCCAGCCGUCACCACAUGCGCCUCUCGGGGGCCACACUGCGUAACCUGGAGGUGCUGGCCAACGCAUCAGACGGGGGCACCAAGGGCAGCCUCUUCUGGGCCCUGGACAACACACAGACAAAGUUUGGGUCCAGGUUGUUGAGGCGGUGGGUCACACAGCCUCUGCUGGAAGCGGGAGAGAUCAAGGAGCGGCAAGACAUGGUGGAGGAGAUGAUGACCUCAGACGCCCCAGUGCUGGUAAAGCUGAAGUCUGCCCUCUACAAGCUGCCAGACUUUGAGAGGGCCAUCACCACCAUUUUCCAUAAGAAGUGCAGCCCCCAUGAGUUCUGGCUGGCAGUGCAAGGCCUCAGCCGCCUCCACUCCGAGCUGUCAAGAGUUGGAGGGAACGUGAGACAGUCUCACCUCCCUGCCUCGUGGAGCUCCUCCGGACGUAUGGAUGGGCUCAACGUCGAGGCCUACGCAGCUAAUAUUAACGAGGCCAGUGCAAAAGAAGGCAAGAAAACUACACUUCUGAGGGAUUUCUCAGAGUACCCAAAUGUUAUAGCGAGGCAGCAGGAAAUAGCAGAUAUGGAGCAGAAGCUGAAUGGUCUUAUUCCGGAUAUUGCAAGGACCCUUGGAGUUCCUGCCUUCAAAUACACAACAGUGUCUGGCCUCGAACUCAUUGAAGUCACCAACUCACGCCUCAAAGCUGUCCCCAAAAACUGGUCUAAGAUAAGCUCGACAAAAGCAGUCAGCAGGUUUCGGUCUCCUGAGAUAGAGAAACACUUCCAGAGGCUACAGCAGCUGAGGGAGCAACUGCAGAUGGACUGUCAUGAGGCAUGGAUAAAGGUACUGGAAUCAUUCUCCAGCCACUACCAUCGCCACCGCCAGGCUGUGAGGUCCCUUGCUACCCUGGAUGCCCUGGUGUCCCUCGCUGCUGUGGCCAAAGCUCAGGGCUACUGCCGACCCACUCUGUCAGAAAAGGGGAGUGGCGGGGCGAUGCUGAAGAUUGUGCAGGGCCGUCACCCGGUGGUUUGUCAGAUUCAGACAGGGGACUAGCAGUAUGUAGCCAACGACACCAACAUGGAGGUUGAUGGGGAGCGCGUGAUGCUUGUAACAGGGCCAAACAUGGGUGGCAAGUCAUGCUACAUGCGGCAGGUGGCCCUCAUCGCCCUAAUGGCCCAGAUGGGAAGCUUUGUGCCAGCCGAGUCAGUUGACAUGACCAUUCUGGAUGGCAUCUAUACAAGGAUGGGCGCUGCAGACGAGAUCUUCUCUGGACGCAGUACAUUCAUGGUGGAGGUUGGGGAGACAGCUGACAUAAUGCGAGAGGCCACCAAGGACUCUCUGGUGAUCCUGGAUGAGCUUGGCCGCGGCACCUCAACACAUGACGGUGUAGCAGUGGCCAUGGCAGUCCUGGACCACUUCCUUAACCGUGUUGGCUGCCUCACCAUCUUUGUCACCCACUACCUCCCCCUCACCGACUUUGGCCGCAUCUACCCAUCACAAGUGGGCAACUACCACAUGGCAUUUAUUGUGAAUGAUGAAGAAGAGAACAAUGGAGUAGAGGCUGUGACCUUCCUGUAUCAGCUGACCUCAGGGAGUGCCGGCCAGAGCUAUGGCCUCAAUGUGGCCCGCCUGGCCGAGGUGCCCCAGCCCAUCCUCGUCCGGGCCUCCGAGAAGUCAAGUGAACUGGAGAAAACUUGCAUUUCUAAGAGGAAAAGAAUAGAGCUCUUCCAGGAGUUAAUGACGACCAAAGACACUGAGGAACUGCGGCAGCAGCUGACAGUACUGAAAAAUAUGAAUGAGGGAAUAGAUAGUGGAGUGGAGAGUGGAUAGUGGAGUGUCUUAAGUUUCUCCCUCUAACUUCAGCAAGACUGAAGUGUUUAAAAAGUACAAGUGAAAGGUGGUAGGGGGCUCAGUGAGAUUAGGUAAGGGAAGCUGAAAGUGGGAGAUACUUAAGGGUAAUAUUGUAGGAGGAACUGAAGAGGCAAGAGUAUUGUAAGGGGAAAUAAACUGUACAUAAAAUCAACUCAUGGGUAAAUAGAUAUUGUAGUGGGAGUUAGCUUGACAUGAACAAAUGAAGAAGGACUUUUUUGUGGCCAUCUUAUGUAAGGAAUUAAAUCUAGUAGACAACAAAGUAGAUCAGAGGAAGUAAAGGUGUCGGUGAAGAAUAAAACCAUUCAGGGAAUUUUGGGAUGCCUAGCUGAAUCAUCAUGAAAAAUUCUGAAUCCAUAAUUUUACCAUGAGAAUCUUCCCUAGUAGACUUAAAGUAACUACAAGCCAUUAAUUUCAAUUCACAAUAGUUAUCAAUGGGACAUUUUGUUGGUCAAUUGGAGACAUUAGUCAUUUUUACUUUGUGUAUCCACUUUUUUGGUCUCUCUCUCUCUCUCUCUCUCUCUCCCCAAAAAUGUCAUCAUUACAUUAUAUACCAUCAUUUUCAUUAUCACUGCCAUCAUUAGUUUCACUUCACAUCAUUAACCAAGUGGUGGAAAUCUCUCUCUGGUGUGUUGUAGUUUGUCUUCAUGGCAUGCUGUGUUUUGUGGAAUGAAUUCAUGUACUAAUAAUUGCAGACUGAUGAUUACUAGUGCAAGGGUUACAGUUUGUUU